ACUAUAUUCUCAGCUCCAACAUGUAAAAGUUCUUAUAGAGCAGCAAAAGUACUGUAGUAUUCAUGCAGUAAAAGCACAGUAGUAUUGUCAGCUGCAGUAAAAGUCUUCAUAGAGCAGUAAAAGUCUUCAUAGAACAGUAAAAGUCUUCAUAGAACAGUAAAAGUACUCAUAGAACAGUAAAAGUACUCAUAGAACAGUAAAAGUACUCAUAGAACAGUAAAAGUACUCAUAGAGCAGUAAAAGUCUUCAUAGAGCAGUAAAAGUCUUCAUAGAGCAGUAAAAUGUCUCCUGUUACUGAUGUACUUGUAUAUAAUAUCAUUAGUUGAUCGUGAAGCAUCUUGUUAAAGCUGCUCCAGAUGAAGACACUUUGAACUACUUUACAGUCACAUAGUUUAGUCCGGUAGGUCUCAACAUAGGGGUCGGGCCCCUCCAGAGGGGCACCAGAUCAAUCUGACGGGUCCUGACACGAUUAAUGGGAGAGAAGAAGAAACUAAGAUCUGAUCCACAUUAAUACGUUUUUCACUUUCUGGAAUUUUCUCCAAUCUUUGAUUUCUUUUCGGUGAAAUAUUGACGAUUGAUCUGGAAAGUAAGUAAAGAGAGAGAAGUAGAAUAUCACGGUGCGUCAACACACACAACUUCAACGAGGAAGUGAGACGCCUCACAAACCUCAUCACACAAUAAUCUUUUCAUCUGGUGAAUGAUUAUCGUGAUCAUUUCUUGGAACUGGAAGGACGUUUAAAAUGUCCUCCUUUGUUUGACUAAAUGCUACAAAUACCAACCUCGCCCAGCAACACAAUGACAAACAACCAGUUGGUUUAGUUUCCCACAUUCUCGGAAAUAAAUCAAUUUUUACUCGAAACUGAUUUUAAUGCUUCAGAAUGCAACAAACACUAAUAUAUUCUUAUUCUUUGUCUCCCGCAGGAAGCAACGCACAGCUAGACGUUUGCGGCUCGGCGCCGCUCAACAGCCGGAUCGUCGGAGGUGAGGACGCCCCCGCCGGCACGUGGCCGUGGCAGGCCAGUCUGCACAGAUCCAGUCACUUCUGCGGAGGUUCCCUGAUCAACGACCAGUGGGUGCUGACCGCCGCGCACUGUUUCUCCAGCUCCAGUACUUUCGGUUUCACCGUCUAUCUCGGACGGGACACCCAGCAGCUGCCGAACACUAACGAAGUGUCCCGGAGACUGUCUCAGGUCAUCAGACAUCCGAACUACAACGACCGAACCAACGACAACGACAUCGCCUUGUUGCGCCUGUCCUCACCUGUGACCUUCACCAACUACAUCAGGCCGGUGUGUCUGGCGGCGGACGGCAGCUCGUUCGCGGGCGGGGCGUCCUGCUGGGUCACCGGGUGGGGAACCAUCAACACUGGCGUUUCGCUCCCGUUCCCUCAGAGGCUGCAGGAGGUUGAAGUCCCCGUGGUGUCCAACGCUCAGUGUAGCGCCGCCUACUCCACACUCACCAGCAACAUGAUCUGUGCCGGUCUGGACGAGGGCGGGAGGGACUCCUGCCAGGGGGAUUCCGGCGGCCCGUUGGUGAAUCAGAACGGCUCCAGGUGGAUUCUGGCCGGCGUGGUGAGCUUCGGGAGAGGAUGCGCUGAGGCCGGCUUCCCCGGAGUCUACACCCGAGUGUCUGAGUACCAGAGCUGGAUCAACAGCCAAAUCACCAGCAACCAGCCGGGCUUCGUGAACGUUACCGUGACCGGGUCCACAUCCAGGACCACUGGUGUGGUUUCUCUCUCGUUCACUCUGCUGCUAUCCCUCUUCCCCGUCCUCUUCUCUCUCUUCGUGCUCACAUAGUGAUGAUGUUCAUGGAGUUUUACAGAAACCAGUCUCAAGAAAAUGAUUUCAAAACUGGAUAAAUCUGCUGAUUAAUGAAUAGUUUUGUCUUGUAAAUGAACAGACAACAGAGAAAUCCUUCAUCUCUGUCGUCUGUUCACAAUAACAAUGACGACAGAAGUAUUUGUGCAAACUGUUAAAUAGAUAAAUUAUUUUGUCUGCUGAAAAUAUUCACAAAAAUAUAAUUUCCCUCCGCUCAAAGAUAUUUAUUGAAAUCGUUUAUUUUUUCAUUUAUUCAAA